GAAACAUAUCAUCUGCCAGCAGGUGGCAGCACAUCAACUCCAGCGCGUGUCGUCGAGCUCGUUUCCAUGCGACUGUAAACAAUGAACCGAAGGGGCUUGUCCUUUUCCUCUAACAAAUGUAAGGCUGCUCCUCGUUUCUGUCUGUCGUUACCUAUAGUAAGUAAUGGCCUAUUCACAGCCCCCCAAGAAGGCUGGUCUACCACGAGAGGUUUUGAAAUGGCUGCAAAGUCUUGAUUUAUCGUUUUUCCCAAAAAACGUCCGCAGAGACCUUUCCAAUGGAUACCUAGUGGCCGAAAUAUUUUCCUGGUACUUCCCAAGGGAUUUUCAUAUGCACUCCUAUGAUAAUGGAGCUUCACUUGCUACCAAACAAUCCAACUGGUCCCAGAUUGAGAGAUUUUUUGAGAAGCAAAACAUCAGUCUGUUGAAAGAAGUCAUAGAUGGCACAAUCCACUGUAAACCUGGAGCUGCAGAGCUUCUCGUGCAAGACAUCUACACCUUCCUGACCAACAGAAGGAUCCAGACCAUCCAGAGGGUGGAGCAAGACUUCACAGAUAAGGCUUAUCAAGACCAGUUGCCUAUGGUGGCUCGAGCCACAGCCUCAGUGGCCAUAAAGAGCAACUUGAGUCUCAGUGAGGUUAUAGCUGAACCAAACAUCAUCACCAACCAGCGCAAGGUUCUUGCAAUCAUACACAGACAGAUAGAACAGAGAAAAGAGGAGAGAACACAAGACCCAAAACGAUUCAAUGUUAAGCCCACUCUUGGAGAACAGGCUGUCAGAUUGCCUCCACUAGCGUACCAGAGCGACCCAAACCUGCAGAUGAACACCAGUCAAGCAGCUUGUUAAGUUCCUGGCUCUACAUUGACAACAAGAAGAUGAGACAUAUGUGCUGUGACAUCAUCUGGCAUCAGAAGCAAAUGCACUGCGGAUAUUGGAGGCAAAUUAUGAGACUAUUUAAGGUAGAUGUCUAACAAAGGCCUUCAAAGCAAACUUCAAAAUGUUGCUCUAAAAACCAACCAUAAAAAAUAAAAAAUAAAAACCAGUUUAACAAGCAUA